AUGGAUAAAAAAUUAGACAAAAAAAAUCCCUUCAUAGAUGAAAAUGUAUUUAAAAAAAAAUAUAAAUUUGAUAAAGAAUUAAGUAAAUCGUUCGAAAAAAAAGAAAGGAAAUAUGAUGAAUUUUAUAAAUUUUCAUUAUUACGCGAAAAAUCUUUUAUGUCUAAAAAAUCCACAUUUGAAAAAUCAAAAGAUUACUUAUGGAAAAAGAUGAAGAAUAGUGCUAAAAAAAAAUCGCAAAAAGAAUAUAACAAUUGUUUACAAAAUAAAAAUUUAAAAUUGAUAUGUAUUAUAAGAAAAUAUAUAAAAUUUUUUUUUUAUUUAAAAAGGAAAAGCUAUAAAAGGAACUAUGAUAAUUAUUCAGUUAAUAAUAUAAAUAAUGUUUCUAAUAUUAAUGAUUAUAAAAAGAAAGAGAAAAAAAAGUUUUCUGAAAAUAGUUACAAUACAAAAUAUACAGAACAAUCGUCAUUAUAUCAAAAACUUUAUUAUAUUUUUUCAAAAAAAACAAAUUUUUUUGUUAAUAUCUUUAAAAAUGCAAAAAUAAAAAGAGGAGAAUUAAUUGAAAUAGAAAAGUGCUUAAUAUUUAAAAAUAAAAAUUCUGAAGGAAUAUUUUUAAAUAAGUUUUAUUCUUCAUUUCCCUUCAAAAUUGGUGUUUAUUCUUUAUUUAUGAUUUUAAUAUCAUUAAUAAAUUUUUUGAUUUUAUAUUAUAUGAUAAUUAAAUUUAUAUAUGAAUAUACUGCAUAUUUUUUAUGUUUAUUUAAAUUACUUUCUGAUGUUUUAUAUUUUUUAUUUUUUGUCUUUUAUAUCUUAUUUUUUAAUUAUAAAUGCAUAGAUAAUAUAAUUUAUUAUUCUUAUAUAUCUUGUUAUUUUUAUGUGUCUUUUACACUUUUACAUGCCAUAUUAUUAUUGCAAUCAUUGUCGAAUAUUGAAUUAAAUAAAUUUUUUAUAAAUAAAUAUUUUUCUCAAAAAUAUAUCAUAUCAAUGACUAAUAUAUAUAUAUGUUUAUUUUGUUUUCUAAGGAAUUAUAUGAUUCUUUAUAAUUUUUUAUUGAAUUUAAAAUUUUCUUUUUUUUGUAUUAUUUGCAUAUUUUUUUUCCAUCUUUCAUGUCGUCAUUUAGAACAUCAAAAUAAAAAUAUUUUUAUAAUAUAUCUUUUCAUCCUUUGUAAAAUUCUUUUAUCUUUAUAUUAUGAAUAUAAUUAUGAACGAAAAUGGAGGAUAUUAUUUUUAAAUAGAUGCAUUUAUGAAAAAAGUUCUAAUAAUAAUUUAACUAAGUAUUUUUCAAUCGAUAAUUCCACUCCAACUUCACCAAUAGAAGACAUUUUGCACAAUCUGAAAAAAUUAUUAGAUAUCAUAAAAAAAAUAGAAGAAGAAUCAAAUGAAAAGGCAUUGGAACAAAUAAAAAAAAUGAAAGAAAAAAUAAAAAAAUGUGAAAAUAUAUUAAGAACAAAAAAUUUGAAUGAAGUUCAAAUAUUUAAAUAUGGAAAAUUUGAAAAAGUUUAUAAUAUGUGGUGUUUAGAUAAAAUAGACAAUCAUUUUAAUGUAAAAUUAGAAAGUAAUUCACUUUUAUCUCAUAAUCUUAAUAAUCAUAAAAAAUCAAGUAUAUCUUUAUCAAAUAUACAAUCAUUAUUAUCAACUAAAUUUCAAGAACAUUAUAAUGAUGCAUACGAAUGGAAUGCAAAUAUAGAAAAUAUAUAUAAAGGAAAUAUUUUUAUAUCAAUUGGGUAUAAAUUAUUAUACCCACUUGGUGUAUUAAAACCAAAUUUUAAUAAAGAAAAGCUGAAAAAUUUUCUUUUGAAAAUCUAUUCGUUAUAUAAUGAAGUACCUUAUCAUAACAGCUUACACGCUGCUCAAGUGGCACAUUUUAGUAAAAGUAUGCUUUUUUUACUAGAUAUUAAUCAUAAGAUAUCAGCAAUUGAUGAAUUUUGUCUACAUGUAUCAUCGCUAUGUCAUGAUGUAGGUCAUCCUGGUUUAAAUAAUUAUUUUUUAAUAAAUUCAGAAGAUAAUUUAGCAUUAACUUAUAAUGACAAUAGUGUACUUGAAAAUUAUCAUUGUUCGCUUGUUUUUAAAACUUUAAAGGAGGAAAAUUGUAACAUUUUUGAAAAUUAUCCUUAUAAUAUUUUUAUUACUUGUAGGAAAAAUAUUAUUAGGGCAAUUUUAUCAACAGAUAUGAAAAAUCACUUUGAAUAUAUAUCUAAUUUUAGAACAUCAAAAGAAUUUAUAGAUUGUGAUAAUUUAACUACAGAACAAAUAUGGCAAAUAUUUUGCCUUGUUAUAAAAGCUUCAGAUAUUGGACAUGCAUCCCUUGAAUGGAAUAAACAUGUUAAAUGGACAAUGAAGAUUAAUGAAGAAUUUUAUCUACAAGGAUUAUUAGAAAAAUCAUUAAAUAUGCAGAAAAGUUUUUUAUGCGAUAUUACUACUAUUGACAAAUUAGCUACUUCUCAAAUUGAUUUUUUAAAACAUUUAUGUAUCCCUUUAUUUAAUGAGUUAAAUUAUUUAUGUAAAAAUAAUAGCAUUUAUAAUCAUUGUAUAUAUGCAAUUGAAAAUAAUAUAGAGAAAUGGGAAAAGAAAAAAAAUGACGAACAAGAUAUUGGAUUACAAGAAAAGUAUAAAAAUGAUAAUUUAAAUAAUAGAACUAAACUAUUAAGUUUUAUGUAA